AUGUGGUACUCUGGAGUCCUGAGGGGUAAGAAUGGAGCGGGUAUCUUGGUAGAUAGGCAUCUUAGAGAGUCUGUGGUAGAGGUUAGGUGGGUGAAUGAUAGAUUAAUUAGUAUCAAGUUGGUGGUUGGUGAGUGUACUUUAAAUGUCGUUAGCACGUACGCACUGCAAGCAUGCUUGGAUGAGGAGAUUAAAAGGCACUUUUGGGAGGAGUUGGAUGAGAUCGUGCGUAGUAUUCCGUAUGCCAAGAGAUUAUUCAUAGGAGGAGAUUUCAAUGGUCAUAUUGGGUCGUCUACAUGUGGUUAUACUGAGGUGCAUAGCGGCUUUGGUUUUAGGAAGCGGAACGGAGGGGGCGCUUCGCUGUUAGACUUCGCCAGGGCAUUCGAGCUGGUAAUUGCGAACUCAAGUUUCCCGGAGCGGGAGGAGCAUUUGGUUACUUUCCAAAGAUCGGUAAAGAUGACCCAGAUUGACUAUCUCCUCCUCAGGAGAUAUGAUAGAAGAUUGUGCGAUAAUUGCAAGGUUAUCCCAAGUGAGAUCCUCGCAACGUAG